GUGAUUGGUCCGUUUCAAUCCUCGCGGGCUGCUUGAAUGAGAGAAAAGCAAGUGCAGGGACGAGCGAGUUUAGUGUGGCAGGCAACUCAUAAAGGCGGCAGCGGGCGGCGAGUCACCUUGUCUUGCAGGGGUGCAGGAGUGGAGGCCAAGUCGAAGCAUGUCGGGUGCAAGCCGUAGCCGAACCAGCGAGCUCCACAACCAGGAGAACACGCAGGCAAGACUGCGAGGCUCGCUGAAGCCCCGGUCGGCCGCCGCGGAGAACCAGGAGAAUGUUCCGCCGCAGCCGGCGGCCCCCAGGACCGUGCUGGGGGCCCUGCAUAACAACCAGACGAGCCAGCGCGCCCUCAAGCAGGACUCCUCACAGCCCCUGCCCUUGAAAAAUGAAGACUUCUGCAAAGUCUCAAAGCCUUCCGCCUUCCAGAUACACGUGGACCCGCCCACCGACGCCUGUGUCAAGAAGCAGUGCAACGGUGGUGCCGCCGUCAAGGUCCAAGAGCUCCCAGAGGACUCUCCGCUGAAGAUAGACCAUGCCGUCGCCCGCCUGCGCCAGCCUCUGGCCACACUCGACAUCCCCGUGGCGCCCAUGGACAUCAGUUUUGGCUCUCCCAUGGACAUGUCCGUGGUCGAGGGCGAGGAGAAGACUUUCGAUGUCACGGAGGUGCCCGAAUAUGCCGCAGAGAUUCACACCUAUUUGAGGGAAAUGGAGGUCAAGUGCCAGCCCCGAUCGGGCUACAUGAGGAAGCAGCCCGACAUCACCAGCAGCAUGCGCGCCAUCCUGGUGGACUGGCUGGUCGAGGUGGGCGAGGAGUACAAGCUCCAGAGCGAGACUCUCUAUCUGGCCGUCAAUUACAUCGACCGCUUCCUGUCGUCCAUGUCGGUGCUGCGCGGCAAGUUGCAGCUGGUGGGCACCGCUGCCAUGCUGCUGGCCUCCAAAUUCGAGGAGAUCUACCCCCCGGAGGUGUCGGAGUUUGUCUACAUCACGGACGACACCUACACAAAGAAGCAGGUGUUGAGGAUGGAGCAGCUGGUGCUCAAAGUGCUCUCCUUUGACCUGGCGGCGCCCACCAUCAACCAGUUCCUCACUCAGUACUUCCUGCACCAUGCUGCCAGCAAGCAGGUGGAGAGCCUCGCCAUGUAUCUUGGUGAGCUCAGCCUGGUGGAUUCUGACCCCUUCCUGAAGUACCGUCCUUCCCAGACUGCAGCCGCCGCCUACAUCCUGGCCAACAGCACCAUCACUGGUGCAUCAUGGCCCAAAUCUCUGGUAGAAAAGACGGGCUACACACUGAGCCAGCUGAGGCCAUGUGUGGAGGACCUUCACCGGGUGUACCUGAACGCACCGCAGCAUGCACAGCAGUCAGUCAGGGAGAAGUACAAGACUUCAAAGCAUCAUGAAGUUUCUGCCAUUGAGCCUCCAACCACUCUGCAAUUUGACUAAACACCCUUUUUUGACUUUUUCUUGGUACUUCCUGUCACUUGUCUUUUUCCUUGUGGCCUUUCCUUGAAGUACUGUCUUUUUAAUUUUUUUUUUUUUUUUUUUAUAAAUCCCCUGAUGUUCAUAGUGUUUUAAUCUGGUUUUAAAAUCAGACCCAUGUGUAAAUACAAGAGGUUCCCCCACUCCAGGGUUGUUUUUAUGCCCAAGCAGUUGUCAUUGCUGGGUUGUUGCUUUUUUGUAAGUCAACCUAGUUGGUUUAAAGCAUGUAGGUUUUGCAUAUUAAACGUUUGUCAGUCAUGGAGUCAGUUGUCGUCGUUACAUUUGGGUGACCGACAAGAGUUAGUCGGGUCACCUUCCAGCACUGUAAAAUAAGGCUCUUGUAAAUAAAAUCCACUUUAAAGCUCA